CUUGCUUUUAAGUUCCUCACACACACAUCAUAUCUACCUUUCCAUCUUCUUGGUCAUUUUCAUUCCUUGCUAGCUUGAAGUUUUUAUUGCUAAAUUUGGGCCAAUGGUGAACAAAAUGUGGGCGGUGUGUGCUGUUGUGGUUUUGGCGUUGAACUUGUGGUGCAAUAUUGGGGCUAGAGCUGCACCACAAGUGCCUUGCUACUUCAUAUUUGGAGACUCUUUGGUCGAUAAUGGAAAUAAUAACCAGCUUCAGUCCUUGGCCAGAGCUGAUUAUUUGCCUUAUGGGAUCGACUUUGGUGGACCUACUGGAAGAUUUUCCAACGGCAUAACUCUAUAUGAUAUAUGUACUGAUGAUCAAGUGUCCUUCAAAUUAUCUGCAGCUGAGCUUUUGGGUUUUGAUGAUUAUAUUCCGCCCUAUGCAACUGCUAGAGGCCAAGACAUACUCAAAGGAGUAAACUUUGCAUCUGCAGCUGCUGGGAUUAGAGAGGAAACUGGACGUCAAUUGGGAGGCCGGAUUACAUUUAGUGGUCAGGUAAAGAAUUACCAGAACGUAGUGUCCCAAGUCGUAAACUUUCUUGGCGAUGAGGACCAAGCUGCAAAUUAUCUGGGCAAAUGCAUAUACUCAGUUGGGUUAGGCAGCAACGAUUACCUCAACAACUAUUUCAUGCCACAAUUUUACUCCACCGGCAACCAAUUUACUCCCGAGGAAUAUGCUACUUCUCUUAUCCAAGAUUACAGUCAGCAACUAAGGAUUUUGUACAAUUAUGGAGCAAGGAAGAUUGUGUUGUUUGGAAUUGGACAAAUAGGUUGCAGUCCAAAUGAAUUGGCCCAAAAUAGCCCAGAUGGUGCAUCAUGCGUAGACAAAAUAAACUCCGCAAACCAAAUUUUCAAUAGCAAGCUGAAGGCACUUGCCAAUGAAUUCAACACUAACCUAUCAGAUGCAAGAGUUAUCUUCGUAGACUCUUAUGGCAUUUUCCAGGACGUAGUAACCAGCCCUGCACAAUAUGGAUUUAGAGUUACAAACGCAGGGUGCUGUGGGGUAGGGAGGAACAAUGGCCAAAUUACAUGUCUUCCUCUCCAAACUCCAUGCCAAAAUAGGGAUGAGUAUCUGUUUUGGGAUGCAUUUCAUCCAACUGAGGCUGGAAAUGCCAUCGUAGCAAGGAGAGCAUACAGCGCUGUUCGUGCCUCCGACGCUUACCCUGUCGAUAUUCGCCGGCUCGCUCUGCUUUAAUCAAAUCCUCCUCCUGCACAUUUUGAAUCAAUGGUUGCAGUGACAUAUAAUCAUGCAUGCACCAUAAGA